ACCCGUGAUCGGCAUUUUUACCGUGGCAAGACGAACUCUGUACGCUUAGAGAAAAGGCUCUCGCGAUCGCGCUCGCAUCAAUGCCGAAGUGCACCGAUAAUGAGAUUGAUAAUUUUUAGAAUGCAAUCUACGAUUUAAAUCAUUGUUCUCUCAUGACACCGCGCUGAUCAUGUUUAGUCCGUCGCCGAAGUUGCAAGGACAAGCCAAGGGUAAAGUGCAGAAAAAAUGGCGGCCGUUCCGCGCGACGGACUUUCAAUCCUUGAUGUAUCCUUGCUUCAUUUUCUCCCGCGUUCUCGGAAUAUUCCCGUACAAGAUCAACGCUUCGGCCUUCGAGAUGUCCAAGCCGCGCUACGUCGAGUCGACCAUCGUUAUAGGCAUCGUCAGCGGUUACGGACUGGUGGUACUCUACGAGGUCGACGUUUCCUCGACGAUGAAGUUUACGGGCAUACCUGGAGCCCUUCAGUGUAAUUGCUAUUUAGCACUCAGUUGUUUCAUAGCGGUCAUCACGUACAUUUUCAGCAAGCCGCGAAUGCGUUUGCUCCAGACCAUGAUGGAGAUCUCCACGAGAGUGCCCCCGGAAUCGUAUCAGAAGAUAUCCAGGCUGAUUCAUGCCAAGGACGUCUUUGGUUUCUUCUUUCUACUUGGACAGGCGAUCAAUUGUUACUCCGAUACGUACACCGAGACCUUGUGCAAGGUGUUAGUACUAUACCUCACCCUGCUGGUAUUUCAGAUGGAUAUGUUGUACAUGAAUUGCGUUUGUGUACUAAAGGCCUGUUUUAAACGAAUCAAUGACAAUCUGAUGAAUCUGCGAGAGCUCGUGGUGAGCGACGAGCCGCAUCUCCUCAGACGGGUGUACCACGAGCAGAGAAAUCCGUUUCUGCUAAUGGAGCUCAAAGCCCUGAAGAAGCGGCAUCUGAUGGUCAGCGAUACCGUGCAGAUGCUGAACGCGAUCUUCAGUCUGCAACUUCUCGCUACCAUAGUCAUGACUUUUGCUGAAAUUACUUUCAGUUUGUACUUCUACAUAGUGCAGUGGAAGGAGGACGUAGCCAUUAUCGAAGUAGAGAAACAGAUCUGGUACGCGUACUACAUCACGUCCGUAGGAUAUUAUUCUAUAAAAAUAGCGUUUAUAGCGUGGGCUUGCGAUACCGGCAAAGACCAGGCCUUGCAGAUCGGCACCACUGUUCACGACGUGCUUAUCAACACCAGCGAUAAACAAAUUAAAGAUGAGUUGCAACUGUUUUCCUUGCAAAUAUUGCAUCGCGAAAAUACAUUCUGCGCGAAAGGUCUCGCUGUGGACGCGACGCUUCUUACUGCGAUAGUGGGUAGCAUCACCACGUAUCUAUUAAUUUUAAUACAAUUCAUGGUCACAUCGAAAUCUUGCGGACAGCAGCCAUCAACCAAUAUUACGCAGAUAGUCUAAUUAUAAAACAUCAAAUAAAAAAAGCCGUUUUUAGAUAUCAAAAUACGGUUUUUUUUUCAAUUUUCAACGUAUUUUUCAUAUUAUGGUUUUAAAAUUCUAGCACAAUGUAUAUAGCACAAACCGAGACCAAUUCAACACAACUCUCAAUAUAUGUUAAAUGUAAAAGUGGGGAAUUAACUUCUUGCAGAGGU